ACAACCAGUCUGUGUUCCGUAUAAAUGAGAACUUCUGGGAUCAACCACCGCCUCUGCCGCUUCUGGUUCCUUCACUUAAAGGGGAUUUUUCGGACUUUUGCGUGCUACGUUUUGCUUUCACUUCAUUACACAUUGAGUGCGUGCGAGCAAAGCGUGCUUCAGUCGUUGCGGGACGACUAUCAGGAAAAUCGUACACCAUCCGUCAUGGCCGCCAUCAGCAGCUCAAACAAUGCUUUUGCCUUAGAGCUGUUCUGCACUCUGAGCCAAAAAAACCCAGCCGGGAACAUCUUUGUCUCCCCGCUGAGCAUCAGCUCAGCCCUGGCUAUGGUUUACCUGGGGGCUAAAGGAGACACUGCUGCUCAGAUGGCAAAGGCCCUCUCAUUCAGCUCUGGUGAAGGCGUCCACACAGACUUCCAGGCACUGAACGCUGACAUCAACUCAGCAUCUGCAUCAUACAUCCUGAAACUAGCCAACCGUCUUUACGGAGAAAAUACCGCCAACUUUCUACCGCAAUUCCUUGAAGCCACACAGAAGCACUACCAGGCAGACCUGAAGGCUGUUGAUUUUAAGGGGGCUCCAGAGGCAUGCAGAGCGGAGAUCAACAGCUGGGUAGAGCAGCAGACAGAGAAUAAGAUUAAAGAUCUUCUGAAGGCAGGAACCGUCACUCCUAUGACCAGAUUGGCUCUGGUUAAUGCCAUCUACUUCAAGGGAAACUGGAUGAACCGCUUUGAUCCGGCAAACACCAAAGAGAUGCCCUUUAAAGUCAACCAGAAUGAGGCCAAGCCAGUCCAGAUGAUGUACCAGAUGAAGAAACUGCCGUACAACUACGUUCCUGAGCUCAGCCUGCAGAUCCUGGAGCUGCCGUACGUGGAUGAGGAGCUCAGCAUGUUCAUCCUGCUGCCUGAUGUGUCUGCAGACGGCUCUGACCCUCUGCUGAAGCUGGAGAAUGAGCUAACACGGGAGAAGCUGGACGAAUGGACAAACAGGGAAAAUAUGGACGUCCAAUCAGAAGUCCUCGUUCACCUGCCCAAGUUCAAGCUGGAGGAAGACUACGAGCUGAACGAGCCUCUGGCCAAACUGGGUAUGAGGGACGUGUUCUGUGGGGCGAAGGCCGAUUUGUCCGGCAUGAACGGUGAAGGAGGACUCUUCCUGUCCACAGUGGCCCACAAGGCCUUUGUGGAGGUGAACGAGGAGGGGACGGAGGCGGCCGCGGCCACAGCAGGCAUGGUAUCAUUCUGUAUGUUGAGGGAGGAGCACUUCACAGCAGACCACCCCUUCCUCUUCUUCAUCAGGCACAAUAAGACCAAGGCCAUCCUCUUCCUCGGCAGGUUCUCCUCUCCUCAGUAGACAGAACCAGCAGAUGAAAGUAUCUGGCCCACUGAAAUAAAGAAAUAUGCAAAAUCAUUGAAAUAAAGGUUUUAUUUUCUUGGAUAUUUAAUUGAAUUU